UUGAAAGAAAAAGAAAGUGAAACCGUCGGUUCUCUCUCCUCCGAGUCGUGCCCUUUCCAUUUUGUUACUGCUGCUGCUGCAGUGCGGCCGCCGCCUCCUCCUCCUCUCGCCUAGAACAUUCUAAUCCAACAAUUUAGGGUUUCCCUUGGGUUCCGGAUCCAAUCUCCCCCCACUCAAACCCCUUCGCCAGAAUUACCCAUCCAUACCUUAAUUAAUCUACUUUGAUUUUCUUAACCUACUAGAGAGCCAGACCCCACUCUCGCGCAGGGACACACCAAUGGUCCGCUCCCAUGGCGCCAAGCUUCUCCACCGGCUCGCCCGCCGUCCCCUCCCCCGCCCCAAACUCGCAGGCAUAUGAUUCGCUGUGCGGAGAGGGGAAUCGGAGUUUCUCCACGGCAGUUGCAGGCUCACGAAGCAUCUUUGGCAACCGUACCCCUACCUCCACGACCGGCAAUCUGAAAAACCUGUUUCUUUUGGGUUCUUCAAAUGCCAGUUGGACUUCAUCAAGAUCAAUUCAUAGCACAGCAUUUAUGUCUGCAAGAGAUUAUUAUGACAUACUUGGGGUGAGCAAGAAUGCAAGUUCUUCCGAAAUUAAGAAAGCAUAUUAUGGGCUUGCCAAAAAGCUACAUCCAGAUACAAAUAAGAAUGAUCCUGAGGCUGAAAAGAAGUUUCAAGAAGUCUCAAAAGCUUAUGAGGUUUUAAAAGAUGAUGAAAAGAGACAACUUUAUGAUCAGGUUGGCCAUGAAGCAUUUGAACAACAAGGGAGUCCAGGUUCUGAUUCUGGAUUUCAUGGAUUUAGUAAUCCAUUUGAAGAUAUCUUCAAUGGCGAUAUCUUCAAUAUGUUUCGACAAAGAUUUGGCGGUCAAGACGUGAAGGUUGCUGUCGAGAUAUCCUUCAUGGAAGCUGUUCAAGGAUGUACCAAGACAGUUACAUUUCAAGCACCCUUAACGUGUCAAGCUUGUGGUGGAACUGGUGUACCUCCUGGAACGAAGCCUGAGAACUGUAGACGCUGUGCGGGUGCAGGAGAGACAUAUAUCCAAAGAGGUAUGUUCAGUAUUCGGCAAACCUGCACUGCUUGUGGAGGAUCUGGAAAAACAGUAUCGAGUUUAUGCAAGUCAUGCAAGGGGCAGAGAGUUGUUAUGGGAUCAAAGUCAGUCAAGUUGGAUAUCAUGCCAGGCGUAGAUGACAAUGAAACUAUGAAAGUUUAUAGAAGUGGUGGAGCGGACCCAGAUGGAAACCAACCUGGUGAUCUUUAUGUCACCAUCAAGGUGCGAGAAGAUCCUGUUUUCCGCAGAGAAGGUGCUGACAUUCAUGUAGACUCAGUCUUGAGUGUCACGCAGGCAAUUUUAGGAGGAACCAUCCAAGUUCCAACUCUCAUGGGAGAUGUAGUACUCAAGGUUCGACCUGGCACCCAACCUGGUCAAAAGGUUGUUCUGAAGAGAAAAGGAAUCAAGACGAGGGGAUCCGUCUCAUUUGGUGAUCAGUAUGUGCACUUCAAUGUCAGCAUUCCCACGAACCUCACCCAGAGACAGCGGGAGUUACUUGAAGAGUUUGCAAAAGAGGAGCAAGGCGAAUAUGACAAACGUGCCGCGGCUGGCGCCUCUGGCUGAUAUAAAUCGAACAACUCAAAGCCUAGUAUUUGCCUUUAAUCUCUCCUUCAUGAAGAUUUAAAGGGGGUGACAUGUGGAGAUGCAUCAACUGUGGCCGACAGGCCUUAGCAAUUUUGUAGGGCGGAGUAUCUCUAUUUAUAAAAACUUUUUCCUCUUUCUGGAUGUCAUAUCUUUAGGCAAGCUAGUAGUCCAUAUCAUAAGCCGUAAAGCAGUUACUGUAUUAUUAUUAUUCAAGGCCGUGAUGUGUUGGCUUUGCUAAUUGAAUGUGUAUACGAAUAUAUAUAGCUUUAACUAUUAUACGCGCAUAUAUAUGCA